AUGGCGGGCUAUUUGCCGGGAUGCUUUACCGAGGAAGAGAUACAAUGCCUUGAAGAAAAUGCCAUUUUUCCUCCUGAUCCUCAUAGAUCACAGGGAAAACGAAAGAUCUCCGCUACUCUGAUAGCUUCAACUCCAAGUUCAAAUACAUCAAUCUCAUCUUCAGCAAGCACUACAUCAGUCCGAACUUGGAAUUUCAACCCUUCAACCAUCUCUACAAAUAUCCCGACUGACAAAGAAAGUAUCGAAGUUCUGGAAUACAUUGGCUUUGAGCCAGCUACAGCUCUCGAUAUUUUUCAGCGUUACACCAGUCGCCCCGAGCCUGAUGAUUGCCCUGACGAUCUUUUAAGUUAUGUGCAUGGGCAAAUUUCAGAUUUGAAAGGGGAAACUUCCCAUGAAGCAUUAGCACGGGUAGGGAUCAACACACAGAUCCAAUCUGCGAUUGCGGACCCCAUGUUUAGUGAUAUACUAUGGACACGAGAUCUACAUUUCUGGGUGAAAGAUACUCUAGAUACAAACCUUGCCAGUCUCCGCAACCAGCACGGCCUAAUCAAACGUCAUGCAGGCAGGCUUAUUGCCCAUAAAAACAAGCGAAAACGGCGUCGUGUACAGGGCUCCUUCUCUACAGAAGAGGAAAGCACUGAACAGAUACACCAACCAGUCGCAACAAUAAACAUGACCUCUGAGGAUUUCCACCUCCCGCCUACUUGCACUACCAUCGUUGACGGUGACAUUCCCCUUCUACCCGAUCACAUUGCCUUGUAUAAAGGCAAGGCACACGGAGAAAUGCGGAGCUCACGCCAGCUGAUUUCAUCCGAUGGAACUAUCAAUCUUUCAUCGCUAUACUCCCCUCCUGGUGGAGACUUUAACUCCAUGGGGAAUGCUCAGUACUGGACACCGGACAAAGAAAUAGCUGAAAAAUACCGGCAAUGGACAGCUUUACGCUGCCCUCAAAGUGAUACAUGCCUGCUAACCAUUCAAGUUCCUAAAGAGUUCAUUGAAACUCUGGAUAUCAUCGAAAUCUGGUUCUCAGGUCACUGGAAGGAAUUAGUAUGGCACUGUCGUCAGCAACUACAUUUGUCGGCGCAAUUCAACUCUACCUACGAGGUGGAUUUGAUAAAAGGCCAUAUCUGCGCCGGCCAAACAGAAGAUCUCACUCAAAUCACAGCAAACAACAUCCACACUUUUAUUACUCGAGACAAACUUCUCCAAUCCAGAAGUACCGGUAAACCAGGUAUACAAUGGGCCUUCCAGUGUCCUGCAUCAAUAAUUCGUCUCCAGGAACAAAUCAGCGGGAAAAUGCACCUUGAUAUAUUUGCAGCAACUAACUAG